AUGCAGGUGGGACGGGCCCUCGCUCUCUUGGCCCUGACCUGGAGCACCUUCCAGAGCCUGGCCAUCCCCCGGGUCACAGAAUGUGGCCUCUCCUGUUCUCAGGGCAUCGCCUGCAAGAGACUCAUGAAAAGGAGCAUAUGGAACAGCUUCUGCCGGCAGCCCCCCAAGUCCAUGUCCCGGUCAGUCCUGGGGGCCCUGACACUCUCCACUGCUAUGAAGUGUGGCCCCCGCGACGGCUGCUCUCUGCUGCUGCGUGUGCGUGCCACUGUCACGCUGCACGAGAGCCUGCGGGGCCUGGAGGCCUGCUCCAUGAGCCUGGGCACCCAGGAGACACACUGCCACAGCGUGCUGGUCCCCAGAGCCUCUCGCCAGCUGCACCUGGGGCAGCAGCUCCAGGUGGACUUUGACUGCUUCGAGGUCCAUGUGGCCCAGAGCCUCUACGUCACCCUGAGGACUGUGCCUCAGCUGUGUGGGGUGCAGCUGGACCAGCAGUACCACGUGGAAGGCUGCGGAGAUGAGGACGUGGGGAGGAACGUGCCAGACUGCUUUGCCCAGAAGUUGCCCUACUGGGUGGAUCGCAGCCACAAGGUCGUUCUGGUGCAGGUGCCGGAGGCCCCUGGGGGCACCGACUACUACCUGCGGCUCUGCCUCAAGUGGUUCACCUGCGAGGACGUGGGCCAGCUGGUGCAGGUGUCCGCGAACAGCAUCCCUGGGAUGGUCUCUCUGCCCUACAGCCAGGAGCUGCCCUGCCUGUGCCUUGAGAGCUGGCCUGCGACCCCGGAUGCGGUGCGGACCCAGAUCUGCCCCUUUAAAAAUGACACGGAGGCUCUGUGGGAGGCCGUCCACUAUCACCCAGGGCGCCAGGCACUGAGCUGGGAGCCCGCCUGCCCCGUGAGUGGCCACGUGAGCCUGUGCUGGUACCCGGACCCAGGGGCCCACUGCCAGGAGCUGCAGCACUCACAGCGGCCCGCACAGGGCAGGGUGCAGUACUCACCGGUGGACACCCAGCCACAGCUGUGCCUCAAGUUCUCCACCAGCCGGGGCUUCUGGGUGAGGUGCCCUUUCCAGCAGCCCCGCUUCCCAGCCUGGAAGAUGGUCGUCCGGCCGGCACCCUCUGGGACACACCUCCGGGUCACCUUCCUCUGGCCCGGCCCCGCCCGCUUCCAGGUGUGCCUGUGUCAUCGAAGGAAGACGUGGCCCCUUGCCUGCCACCAGACACUCCAGGACACCACCCUCUCUCCAGCCUCCGUGAGCCGGGCUGACCUCACAGUGGACCCGGCCUUUGUGGACAUCCCCAGGGAUGAGGCCUGUGGGCCCGACAUUUGCAUCCAGGGCUGGAGAGCAGACGUGCGCUUCUCGGUUCCCCAGCAGCUGUGUGACAUCCCCUGCACUUGGUCCAGGCUCCCUCUGGACAACCCGUUGGCACAGCCUCCGUCCCUGCCUGAGGACAAGGGCCUGGACCCUGCCCGACAGCUGCUGGAGCGCAGGGUGUGA